AUGGGGGCUAGUGCCAGCACCCCGGCAGACUUUUCCCACAAACUGAGGCAUGGCGUGAUCGCGAAGGAACUCGACGGCGGCAGCCUGGGGGAGCCCAGCCUGGCCGUCAUUCCCCAGCCAGGGGGAGCGCCCCUGCUGGCACUGGCGUACCAGGUAUCGUCCCUGCCCCACCAGGGCUCCAGGGAUCAGUACAUUGCCUUCACCACCAGCAAGGACGGCGGGGAGACGUGGCAGCCGCACCGGCCAGUGCAGUGGGGCUUGACGCCGCUGUGGGCGCCCGUGCUGCACUGGGACGCGGCGGGGCGGCGGCUGGCCCUGUAUUACUCCGAAUCGCGGAAGGCCCCCUCCCCCGGUGGCGACAUCCGGCGCAUAGUCUCCCUGGACGCCGGCACCACGUGGUCGCCGCCCAGCCUGGUGUGGGCGCACGAGGCCCACGAGCCGGUGCCCAAGGUGACCUCCAGCCGCCCCGUGCUCGGCACCAGCGGUGAGCUCUUCCUGGCGGUGCACCUGGAACCCCAGGGCGCGCACGCCGUCUUCAACAAGGACACCUACAGCGAGCUGGGGGCGGAGCGGGCGGCCGUGCCAUGCGUGACGGCGCCGCCGGGGGCAACCCCGCCCAGCCUGCUCUCGGCUGCGGCGAUCCUGGUUUCGCGGGACGGUGGUGACAACUGGGCGCUGGCGUCCAUCAUCGACCACCCCAAGACCUGGCUGAACCAGCCGGCGCUGGAGGUGCUGUCGGAUGGCACGCUCGUGGCCCUCUUCCGCAGCUGCAUGGGGCAAGUGUUCCGGUCCGUGGGCACGCCCGACGGCAGCUCCUGGAGCAAGCCGGGCGCGGUGGCGCUGGCCAACCCCAACUCCAAGCUGGCGAGCCUGCUGCUGGACGACCAGCUGCUGGCGGUGCACAACGUCGGCUCCAAGGACCGGGCCAGCCUGACCAUCUCGCUGUCGCUGACCGCGGGCAGGACCUGGGAGGAGGUGGUGUCCCUGCACAAACUGCCGGGAGGUGUAAUCAGCUCGCCCAGCAUCGUCGCCUGGAGCGAGGACACGGUCAAGGUGGCCUACUCGGUGCAGGGCAGCGGCCUGCGCCUAACCACCGCCCAGCUGGCCGUGGUGCAGAGCUGA